AUGAACAGUCUUCAAGAAAGAAUAAAUAUUGCAAAAAUCGAUUGGUGUCAAAUUAAUAUAUUAUAUUAUCAUCAGAAUCAACUCAAAACAACAAUCGGAACAGGUAAUAUUGGUUCAAAAAAAAUCAAUUACACACAAAAUACAAUCACAUGGAGUGGUAACAUAUAUCCAUAUUAUACCACAGAAAAAGAAUGUUCAUCUAAAUACCAUGAACAUGGAAUAUGCGAUAAAACAACAGGUACAUGCAAAUGUAAUUCAGAAUACACAGGUUUCGAUUGUUCAUCACCAAUUAAUAACAAUAACAAUAAUAAUCAAGCAGAAACAGAAACAGAAACCAAUAACAAUGGAACAGUUAUAAUUAAAAAUCAAGUUAUAGGAUAUUCAAUAUCGAUUCAAUUAUAG